GCGGGGCGCGCCCGGCAGACGGAGCUGUGCGGGAGGCGGCGGCACCGGCGCGGCCCCGCCAUCCCUGCGCAUCCCGCAGCCCCGCCGGGGAUGCCGCCGCCCGCCGGGCCCUGAGCGCCGGGACGCCGGCGGCCGCCGGCCCCGCUCCGCCGCGCCCUCGCCCGGCCCCCCCUUAUCCCCCCCCACCCCAACGCCCCCGCCCCGGACCCGCGGAGCCCGCCUGGAAGAUGGAGGCUGUGGAGACCAGCACCCUUCAGCAGGAGAGGCUGCAGGCCAUCGCGGAGAAGCGGAAACGCCAGACGGAGAUCGAGAACAAGAGGCGGCAGCUCGAGGAUGACCGGCGGCAGCUGCAGCACCUCAAGUCCAAGGCUCUGCGGGAGAGGUGGCUGCUGGAGGGGGCCCCGUCCUCCGCCUCCGAGGAGGAUGAGGCGAUGAAGAAGCAAAUGCAGGAGGAUGAAGUGAAGACCAAGGAGCUGGAGGAAACCAUCCAGAGGCUGGAGAAGGAGCUGGAGACCCUGGAGAACAGCAGCUCGGUGGCGUCCACCAAGGAGAACCUGGCUGAGGUGGCGGCGGUGCCGGCCAAGGAGGAGAAGGCCGAGAUCGUCCCCAACGCGCAGAAGAGUCCCCUGGGCACAGCCGUAGCCAAGAAGGUCUCCAGCAGCCCCAUGAAGGCGGUGGAAGGCACGGACAUGAUGAAGGCAGCCAUGUACUCAGUGGAGAUCACGGUGGAGAAGGACAGAGUUACUGGGGAGACCAAGGUCCUGUCCAGCACCACCCUUCUCCCCCAGAACCAUUGUCUGCAGGGGGUCAAAGUGUACGAGGAUGAGCUAAAAGUGGUGCACGCGGUGAGCGCCGAGGCUGGGGCCCUGCAGAACGGGGCGCACCCGCUCAGCUCCUCGGAGGUGGACGAGCUCCUGCACAAGGCGGACGAGGUGACCCUGAGCGAGGCCAAGGCGGGCGAGGAGGCGGCCGGCAGCGCCCCGUCCAGCCAGAAGCCGACGCCGCGCAGGGAGAUCACGGGGCUGCAGGCGAAGCCAAGGGAAAACUCCACAGCGCUGCCGCCGGGCGAGGGCGCGGAGCCGAGCCGGGAGCAGCCGGUCACCAUGAUCUUCAUGGGCUACCAGAACGUGGAAGACGAGAACGAGACCAAGAAGGUGCUGGGGCUGGAGGGCACCAUCAAGGCCGAGCUGGUGGUGAUCGAGGACGCCGAGAGCAAGCUGGAGCCGGCGGGCAAGGACCACGCACCGCCCAACGGCACCGCGCUGGAGCCUGCGGCCGCCCCGCAGCAGGGGGAGGAGGCCCCGGGCGGGCAGAAGCCGGGCGCCAACGCCACGGAAGCCAAGGAGGCCGAGCAGGACAUGGACGCGAAGAAGCAGCGCUGCAAAUGCUGCACGGUGAUGUGAGCCCCGCGGCCGGCCAGAGCAGGCUGCCCCCGCUGAGCCCCUCCGCCCCCGCUCCCCAGGCCCGCGGCCCCGCAGGACACAGGGUUACCCCCUGGCCAGACGCAGCCCCCUUUUUUCUGAAGAACCGGGGAAAUCCAAUGCGGUGGCUGUAAAGCCGAAGGCGGCAGCACACCGAGGCCGUGGCAUCGCUCGCCCCGUCUGUCCAACGCCCGCUCCGUGCGACACCCCCAGUGCUGCGUGUAAUAUUUAUUAGAGACCCCCCCCCCACGCCCCACGUUUCGCCUGCCCCUCCCCACGGCCCUGCCUCCCCCCGGCGCACACACCGGGAGCGUUUCCCUCCCUCCUCCAGCAAUUUCCCACCCGCCGUUGGAAGACGGACGCCGGCCGGGCCAGGGGUCAGUGACAAAUCCAGCAGCCGGCAGGACCCGCGGUCACCCAGCCCGCGGCAGGCACGGCGUGAAGCCCCCCGCCAGCCCUUCCCCUGCACCUCCAGCGCCAUUUCUCCAGCACAUCCCUGGCCCGGCUCCAUGCCGGGGGCUUGGCCAUCGUCGGCUCCGUGAUGCUGGGCUCGGCCGGGCUGUCGGAGCGGUGCCAGGAGCGUGCAGGGUGCCGUGGACCAGGCACAGCUCCCCCGGGGCAGGCGCAGCCUGGGUCCGUGCAGGGAGCCUGGCUCCGCUCUCCUGGACUCCUCCUCUCCAUGCAGGGGCUCCUCGCCCUGCUGCUCGUGGUGACGGCAGCCACCGGCCAGGUACCGAUGCCACCACCGCUGCCGUGGGGCCGUUCCAACACCUCAGCUGCCCUGCUGGUGUCACUGGGCUCCAGCACCCAAGGGGGGCUGAGCGGGGCCGUGUCUGGGUGCCCACCGCCCACCCAGGGGGGCGGCGAUGGCUGGGGGCAGCGAGCAGCGGGGGAGCGGGGGGUCCCAGCCCACGGGGAUGGGAUCAGGGCUUGGACCUGCCCGUGAUACCCCGCAGCAGCGGGAGGGUGGCCCAGAGCCCCCCAGCCCUGCCCUGGGGUGGCCCCUGCACCCUCACCACAUCCUCCUGGCCCCAGGCAGCUUUGCAGAGCCGGCUUGCGGGUCACCAGUGUCAGGUCCCCGGCCCAGUUCACCCCAGGUGCUGGGACUGGGGCCUGCUGGGGGGACUGGUGUCCCGUGCAGGGUGUCCCUGGGACACUGUCUCUGCCCUGGCUGCGGCGUGGUGGAGGUGGGGGCCGUAGCCCCGUGCCAGGACCGCCAGCAGCCUCCCCACUCCCCUGCCCCACGCCCCAGCCCAUCGGCGGGGAUUUCACCACCAGCAUUCGCGUUUCCUCCCCACUGAGACCUUCUGGGGCAGCAGGGGGGGGUCCACCGUGGCUGGCCGGGCACCCGUGGGUGCUGAGCCUGGCCCAAACCCUGGGAGCUGCUGGCAAAGCAUCCAGCGCGGGCAGGGCUCCUGCUGGGAGCCCCCAGCUCCCCCAGCCCGGUCCCCGAGGUCCUGGUCCUGGGUCCCUGCUGCAGCACGAAGCCGGGGGCCCUGCUGUGACGUCCCAGCUGCUGCCCCAGUGCCACCGAGGCUGCGGCUUUACCCCAGUUGUGUCUGCAGGGCAGGGAGCAGGGGCUGGGGGCUGCGGGGGGCUGCGGGGGCUGGCGGUGCUGCAGUGUGGGGUCUCCUGGGGGGGGCCCUGUCCCUGAGCCGUGCGCCAAAAGCCUCUGGGAGAGGCAGAGCCCCGUGGGGGCAGGGGCAGAGCCUCUCCUGCCACUGGCAGGGACACGGCUGGCGGACCCCCGGUCCUAGGGUGUGUGUGAUGUGGGGGGCUGGGGCUGGAUGCUGGGGGGCAUCGGCCCCAUUAAUCCCUGGGGGUCAGGGCUGGGUCCCCCGCGGGGUCCCACGUCACCUCCCACCACCCCUCCCUGGGUGCUGAUCCCCAACCAGGCCCCCUGCCGCCCUUGGCACCCCCCAGCCCCCCGGUUGCCUUCGGACCCAGCGUUGGCCCCUGGCAGAGGCAGGGUCAGGAUCAGGCCCCGUGGGUUGGGGCUGUGGGGGGGCAGCAGCAGCGAGGAGCCCGGCCGUGCCCCAGCCCCGUCCCGGCGAGCCCCGCGCCGUCCCCCCGCCUGGCUCAGCUGAAGUGCACUUCCCGCGCCCCCCCCGUGCUUUUUACUUGUGACGAAGCCGUUUGAAGUUCCCCCCCUCCCCGACACCCCCCCCCCCGUUGUUUGUAAGACACCCGAACCGAGCAAAUAAAACUGUGUGAACAACCAG